UGCGUACUGUUCUUCUCCUCUUAAAACCCUACCUACGCUCCUCCCAUAAAACCGCUAUAUUCCAGUCGUAUCACCACCCCUUGUCGGCGGCGCUUCUGUAAUUGUGGAUUUUCAAUUGAAGAGGAGAGUGAAAGUAGAAAAGCCUCCCAAUUCCAGUGAUAACUAUUGUACUACUGAACCUCAGAGUAAUUAUUUCCAAGAGAAAUGAAUGAAGAAGCAUUUGUCGAUACCAACUUUCCUUUAUUUUCAAAGAAGACGAAGAAGAGUUUUUCCAAACACCCUCAAAAUUCACACAUUCAAGUCCCAAAACAAAACCCCGAAAUAUGUAUUGAAGAACAUCUACAAAUCGAAAAGCAGACGCCGCUCUCUAAUGAUAAUGAGGAUUUGUCUUCCACUCCUAAUUUCUCCGAUUUAGGGCUUUCGGAAUGGGCUACACAAACCUGUUUAGAGCUCGGAAUGAAGAAACCAACUCAAGUACAACGAUAUUGCAUUCCCAAAAUACUUGCAGGAAAUGAUGUAUUAGGUAUUGCUCAUACUGGAAGUGGGAAAACUGCUGCAUUUGUCCUCCCAAUCCUUCAUAGCUUAGCAGACGAUCCAUAUGGGGUUUUAGCUCUUGUUGUUACCCCUACUAGGGAAUUAGCAUUUCAAUUGGCCGAGCAAUUUCGUGCGCUUGGUUCAUCGUUGCACGUUCGUUGUACGGUUGUAGUUGGUGGCAUGGAUAUGAUCACUCAGUCCAAGGCGUUAAUACAAAGGCCGCAUAUUGUUAUCACAACUCCGGGAAGAAUUAAGGUGCUCCUUGAAGAUAACCCUGAUAUAUCUUCAGUCUUUUCCCGAACCAAGUUUCUUGUGUUAGACGAAGCUGAUCGCGUUCUUGAUGUUGACUUUGAGGAGGAGCUGAGAGUUAUUUUCAAGUGGUUGCCUAAAAAACGGCAAACUUUAUUAUUUUCUGCAUCGAAAUCUGGUGAUCUACAAGCACUGCUUGAGCUUUCUUCUAACAAGGCAUUCUGUUUUGAGGCACAUGAAGGCCUUCAAACUGUCGACUCUCUUACACAGAAGUAUCUUACUGUUCCCGAACAUGUUAAACAUAUAUAUCUUAGUUAUAUUUUAUCAAAGAUGGAAGAUAUGGGUGUACGGUCAGCCAUUGUAUUCUUCAAUAGUUGCAGCAAGUGCCACAAACUGGCUAAGAUGUUUGAAGUGCUUGAUCAAAAGGUAGCAGAACUGAACUCCACAUUACCAACGCAUGGAAGACUAGCUUCUAUACACCGUUUUAAGUCAGGGCAGGUUCCUAUAUUGCUGGCUACAGGAGUUGGCGAACGUGGGUUAGAUAUUCCGACGGUCGAUUUAGUCAUACUUUAUGACAUACCAAGGGAUCCGGUUGCAUAUGUUCAUAGGGUGGGACGUACUGCAAGGGCAGGUAGAGGGGGGCUUGUGGUCAGCAUGGUUUCUGGGAAUGAGGUGGAACUUCUGCACGAAAUAGAAGCAAAACUUGGGAAGAAAAUGGAAGAGUUUGAAUAUAAGGAAAAAGAGGCUCUUGCUGACAUGUCUAAGGUUAACAAGGCAAGGAGGGUUGCGGAUAUGAAGCUGUUUGAUGAUGGCUUUGAUGAUUCAAUGAAAAUGCGCAAGAAGCAAAGGCUGAAAAUUUUAGCUGAGAAGAACCAAAAGCGAAAUAAAAUACUAUAAGUACACUAGUGGAUUUGUUGAAAAAGUUUAUUGUAUCUUAGUAUUACACUGACCACAGCCAAAAUUGUGUUUAAGCUGCAUUUUGCUCAGCAGCUUUUAUUUGGAUUUGGAUUUGGAUUUGGAUUUGGAUAUAGAUAUAUGCUUAGGCUUUCAAAAUAGUCUGUGAAGGAACAUUGUUGAGGAGUUUGUUGGAUACAUGCAUCAAUGAUGUACUCAUGUACGAAAAAUGUAAUUGUCAUGCUUCUUGACUUUGUAAUGAAAGACUAUAAAGUUGUAUACGCCUAAAACUGAAGAGGGGCAAAAACCAAUUAUUCUC